AUGUUUGCCAACACUAGAUCCAGUAUAAUCUCCAAUGGGGCCAACACAACUUCCAACACUACAUCCACUACAAACUCUGAUGGGCUCAGCACAGCUAUCAACACUGGAUCCAGUGUGACCUCCAGGGGCACUAGCACAACCUCUCACAUUGCAUCCAUUACAACUUCUGUUGAGACCAGUGCAACCCCCAACACAGCAUCCACAUUGACUUCCAGAAAGGGUGUGAUAACGUCCAACUCUGUGUCCAGUGCAACCUCUGAUGAGCUCAGCACAGCUAUCAACACUGGAUCCAGUGUGACCUCCACGGGAGCCAGCACAACCUCUAACACUGCAUCCAUUACAACUUCUGUUGAGGCCAGUGCAACCCCCAACACAGCAUCCACAUUGACUUCCAGAAAGGGCAGCAUGACCUCCAAUGAUGUGUCCAGUGCAAUCUCUGACGAGUUCAGCACAGCCAUCAAUACAGGACCCAGUGUGACCUCCACAGGAGCCAGCACAACCUCUAACACUGCAUCCAUUACAACUUCUGUUGAGGCCAGUGCAACUCCCAACACAGCAUCCACAUUAACUUCCAGAAAGGGUGCGAUAACGUCCAACUCUGUGUCCAGUGCAACCUCUGAUGAGCUCAGCACAGCUAUCAACACUGGAUCCAGUGUGACCUCCAGGGGCACUAGCACAACCUCUAACACUGCAUCCAUUACAACUUCUGUUGAGACCAGUGCAACCCCCAACACAGUAUCCACAUUGACUUCCAGAAAGGGCAGCAUGACCUCCAAUGAUGUGUCCAGUGCAAUCUCUGACGAGCUCAGCACAGCCAUCAACACUGGAUCCAGUGUGACCUCCACGGGAGCCAGCACAACCUCUAACACUGCAUCCAUUACAACUUCUGUUGAGGCCAGUGCAACUCCCAACACGGCAUCCACAUUGACUUCCAGAAAGGGUGGGAUAACGUCCAACUCUGUGUCCAGUGCAACCUCUGAUGAGCUCAGCACAGCCAUCAACACUGGAUCCAGUGUGACCUCCAGGGGCACCAGCACAACCUCUAACAUUGCAUCCAUUACAACUUCUGUUGAGACCAGUGCAACCCCCAACACAGUAUCCACAUUGACUUCCAGAAAGGGCAGCAUGACCUCCAAUGAUGUGUCCAGUGCAAUCUCUGACGAGCUCAGCACAGCCAUCAACACUGGAUCCAGUGUGACCUCCACGGGAGCCAGCACAACCUCUAACACUGCAUCCAUUACAACUUCUGUUGAGGCCAGUGCAACUCCCAACACGGCAUCCACAUUGACUUCCAGAAAGGGUGGGAUAACGUCCAACUCUGUGUCCAGUGCAACCUCUGAUGAGCUCAGCACAGCCAUCAACACUGGAUCCAGUGUGACCUCCAGGGGCACCAGCACAACCUCUAACAUUGCAUCCAUUACAACUUCUGUUGAGGCCAGUGCAACCCCCAACACAGCAUCCACAUUGACUUCCAGAAAGGGCAGCAUGACCUCCAACGCUGUGUCCAGUGCAAUCUCUGACGAGCUCAGCACAGCCAUCAACACUGGAUCCAGUGUGACCUCCACGGGAGCCAGCACAACCUCUAACACUGCAUCCAUUACAACUUCUGUUGAGUUCAGCACAGCUAUCAACACUGAAUCCAGAGUGACCUCCACGGGAGCCAGCACAACCUCUAACACUGCAUCCAUUACAACUUCCAGUGGGGUCAGUACAACCUUCAACUCUGGAUCAAAUGCAACCUCCAAAGUCUCUAGCACACCUGCUUCAAGUGGAAUAUACACAACUUCCAACAGAAUUAGCACAAAUAUUGCCACUCCAGUGAAUGAGAUGAAGCCCAGUGGAUCCCUGAAACCAUGGGAAAUCUUCCUCAUCACCCUGGUCUCAGUUGUAGUGGCUCUGGGGCUCUUUGCUGGGAUCUUCUUUUAUAUGAGAAACUACCUGUCCCUGAGAAACAUCUUAGACACAGCUGUCUACUACCCCCGUGGUACCUACCUUGGCUGGAGCCCUUGA